AGAAGGUGUGUUUCCGGAAGACGUGGCUGUUGCUGCAGUGGCAGCUGUCAUCCAGAUUUCCCUGAGAGGAGUGUUUAAAUAGUUAUAUUUAUAUUUUCUUUAUUUAUAUUUAAUUUAACGACUUUAUUUGGCGCCAAGAUGAUUUCGCUAACGGACUCCCAGAAGAUUGGAAUGGGACUAACAGGCUUCGGCGUGUUUUUCCUCUUUUUCGGGAUGAUCCUGUUCUUCGAUAAAGCCCUCCUGGCUAUUGGAAAUAUCCUGUUUGUUGCUGGACUCGCCUUCGUCAUCGGGUUGGAGAGGACGUUCCGCUUCUUCUUCCAGAAGCACAAAAUGAAGGCCACAGGUUUCUUCCUGGGCGGCGUGUUUGUGGUGCUGAUUGGCUGGCCCAUCAUCGGAGUCGUGCUGGAGGUCUACGGCUUCUUCCUCUUGUUCAGGGGGUUCUUCCCCGUCAUAGUGGGCUUCAUCAGGAGAAUACCCGUGCUGGGCUCCAUCCUCAACCUUCCCUUCAUCAGUGCACCGUCGUAAAGCUCUGAGGACAAUCAGCAGUCGUGUACGUGGACAAAGCGGGCGAGAGCAACACGAUGGUAUAACAGAGACUUUUUGUACGCGGAGCAGCAGGUUUUAUAAAACAACACGACGUCCCUUCAGCUGAUUUAAAGGAGCCCCCACCCCCCCCCCCCGCCCGCCCCUCCUGCAGGUAGAGACUGCUUCCUGUCUCGUCUGUAAUUUCACCGCUCAGCGCCACCAAUCAAAGGUUCAUCAGAGCGUCGCAGCACCCGUCUGUUACAAUGGAGGACGGAGACUCCCUCAGAGCGCCAUCGACUCGGCGCCUACGUGACGCUCUUCCUCUGUGGAACCGACGGAGGAAAACAAAGAGGAUUAAAGGACUGGACCUGCGGCUUGCCAUACCGUCUCAACAUCUCUGUGCCUGUGCUUGAACUUUAUUUGCAUUUUGUGUCUCUGCAGUAAUUCUGUGACGCUUUGUUUCUUUUUGUCCUGCAGCUAUUUGAACGCCGAGCGUGGCUAACGUGAUGCUUUCCCUCUGUUACAUGUCAUUUCUUCACGGUGAAACGGCUCAGUGCUUCACUUCCUGUAAACUGAGGUCCAUGUGACCGAACUGGAAUCUGUUACUCCUGUUUGUGGUUACGUCGGCGGCUGCGCCUUAAAGCAGCCGACGCCUGGAGAGAAGCUAAGAAACUGCUGUAGGGAGCAGAAUGAUGGUGCGUUCAAUUUCAUCUCGGAAGUCGGGAUUCCAGAUCGCUGGACAAGCAUGUCAUCGGGAAAGUCGGAAUUCUCCGAGAACCUUCAGUUGUCCGAGCGAAACUCCGACACGGCUGCGGCGUGCAUCCCCGUGUUCACCUAGCGUUUUUUUCUGAGCGCCUUUUUUUCAACUGUUGAGUGUUACUGUCCGGAAAAAAACACCAGGUGGACACGGGGCCUUAAUCAGUCCUGUGGACGUGUUGUCAAGUUAUUUUCACUCAUAAACUAUCAAGUCGCGUGAUGUUCUUGUCAGGUAUUCGCUAACCCAACAGAGGUGCUCCUGGCGGCGUCCACGUUGGUCGUCCGGCUUGUUUCCAACUCUUCUCUGGAACGUGGUCAACUCGGGUGUGACGUCACUCCCAGCUCCUAGCUCCGAGGUAAAUGGAACGCACCAUAGAGCUAACGGGCAACUAGCAUUAAUACCGGACUACAGCGCCACCUCUCAGCCAGUGGCCACUUUUUGUAUUGCAGCAAAAAAGGAAUUCCCCUGAAUCCCAAAAAAGCUUUUUCUUCUCCUCUGAAGUCUUUGAAAUUUACGAUUGCUUUUCAAGACAGCGGGUUUCAAGACAAUAUGACCUCUGCUCUCUGAAUGAUCGACUGAAGCCAAAUGUACCAAAGCUUUAGAAAAGCUGCGUCUAUUUCAUAACACAGGCGUGUAGGAGAGAACUCUAGCAAACAGAAACGUAGCCAACGUAUUUGUACAAUUCAGGCCGUGUGUUGUCUGCAGUAUUUUUGUUGCUGCGGUAUCAGAAUAGAUCAAGAUAUGGUUAUAGCCUGGCGGUUGGGGUGUGCGCCCUGCGUACAGAGGCUGUGGUCCUCUUGGCAGCAGCCGCGGGUUCGAGUCCGGCCUCGGCCCCUACGCUGCACACCGUCGCCUGCUCUCUCCUCCCAAUGUUACCCGUCUCACUUCAGCUAUCGAAGCGCAAAUAGCCCGAAAUAAUUAUGUUUAGAAAAUAAGGUAUGGUUUGAUUUUUACUAGCAUUGCAUGAAGGUUUCAAAUUCUUGUGUUGCAACGGCCUUCGCUGACCUUUAUAACGGAGGAGAGGGACGACUCUCACUGUUACUGUUUUUUGAUUCAUAGAAGUUUAAUUGUUGUGAAACGUUUCUCACGUCAAGAAAAGUGAAGAUUUCAGACGUCAUUUCACGUUUUAACAGUCAGCUAACUGUUUUAGUUUAAGGAGUUGAGCAGCGUUAUGAGACGUGUAGCUCAGAAACCUCCUGAUUGAUUUGAUACUAGCGACAGUAAAAUCCCUCAUUUCCGCCUCUGCCCGAAACGCUUCAUUUCAGCUGCUGUCUCUUUAAGGCCCCGCCUCCUUAGUGCCCACUCUUCCUCUGUUUGCAGUCACAGGGACAUUUUGAGUGAGCUGCCCGGGUGGGCGUGUCCUACAACUUUGCUCUGAUACGUCGACAGAACCUGACGUCGGGUUCUGGCAACGUCUCGUUCAGAGCAGCUGGUUUAGUACGGACAUCCAACAUCACAACAUUUUAUAUUUAAAGAUGAAAUGAAUAAACGGACUCUUCUUGAACCGGAGGACGAACGCUCCUCAACACUUAAUGGGGAAGCAGCUUCUCUUCUCUUCUUUCUCCCUCUUCGAGCGUCUCCUCUCUGUCUGCAUUCAUCCAGUGUCCUUAAACAUCUGUUCAGCUUCAAAUCUUCAGAUUUGUCUUCAUGUUUCUCCAGCUGUGGGUGUUUUUUGUUGCUCUGCUCGGAGCAUCCAGAAACUGACGUUACCUGUGAAAUGACGACGUGUGUUUUUUCUUGUACGGCACUUUUGUAAAUAUACUUUGGAAUCAAGCUUUGUAUCUGCA